AUGCGCAAUCUCACUUCCUCUUGUUCCAUAAGAGCUUUCUCAUCUUCUCCACUUCACCGCUCCAAUCAUCUUCGUUUUCUAACCCUCAACCCCCCUUCAUCUUCCCCUUCCAGAAAAUACCUACCUUCAAUUCAGUGCGCCGUUCAAUUCCGCCCCUGCAUCGACAUUCACAAGGGGAAAGUGAAACAAAUUGUUGGGUCAACACUUAAAGAUUUGAAAGGGGAUGAUGGGUCAGAUCCAAUUACCAAUUUUGAGUCUGAUAAAUCAGCAGCUGAGUAUGCUAUGCUUUACAAACAAGAUGGACUCAAAGGUGGUCAUGUUAUCAUGCUUGGUGCUGAUCCUUUGAGUAGAGCUGCUUCCCUUGAAGCAUUGCAUGCUUAUCCUGGCGGUCUGCAAGUCGGAGGGGGAAUAAAUUCUGACAAUUGUUUGAGUUACAUUGAGGAAGGAGCAAGCCAUGUCAUUGUGACAUCUUAUGUAUUCAACAAUGGACAAAUGGAUCUUGAAAGGCUUAAAGAUCUUGUUCGCAUUGUUGGAAAAGAGAGGCUUGUGUUGGAUCUCAGUUGCAGAAAAAAGGAAGGUAAAUAUGCAAUUGUCACCGAUAGAUGGCAGAAGUUCAGUGACGUAUCACUUGAUGUUGAAGUAAUGCAGUUUCUUGCCAACUUUGCUGAUGAGUUUCUGGUUCAUGGUGUUGAUGUUGAAGGAAAGAAGUUGGGAAUCGAUGAAGAGCUCGUUGCUUUGCUUGGCAACUAUUCACCGAUUCCUGUGACUUACGCUGGUGGUGUGACUGUGAUGGAUGAUUUAGAGAGGAUAAAAACAGCUGGAAUGGAAAAUGUGGACGUUACCGUCGGAAGUGCCUUGGACAUUUUCGGGGGAAACUUGGCUUACAAAGAUGUUGUAGCUUGGCAUAACCAACAAAAGGUCUUUGUGGCUUAA